CCUCGUCCGCCGCCCAGUCCCUUCUCGCCUGGGCAGCCCCUUCCCCUUGGGAACUGCCGCCGCCCCCUCCUAGCCAGUCCUCUCUGCCGCGAACCCGCGCUGCAGGUAACAGCGGGCCAACGGGUCUCCAUCCUUAGCGAGAGACAACGUCUUCGCGCAGAAACAGACACAAAGCCCGGCCUCUGCGGUCCGGGGGCGGCCGGCCAAGCUCCGCCCCCACCGUCGCGACCGCCAAUCAGCUCCUGGGUCGGGCCCAUCCUCGCGCUGCUCUGCAUCUCAGCCGGUCUGCCCCCACACGCCUCCCACCAUCGCCUCCACCAAUUUUCAGAUCCCCAGGCAGCCUGCCCCUUCUCCUUGUCGCAUUUCUGCAGAGGAGUCCCUACCCCUCCGAAGUAGCCUGGUGUGGAAAUUGCUGGACAACGGAAACUGAUCCAGCCAUGGCGACUCCCUCAGCUGCCUUUGAGGCCCUUAUGAAUGGAGUGACAAGCUGGGAUGUCCCUGAAGAUGCCAUCCCAUGUGAACUGCUUCUUAUUGGAGAAGCCUCCUUCCCAGUGAUGGUGAAUGACAUGGGUCAGGUCCUCAUUGCUGCCUCCUCCUAUGGCCGAGGCCGCCUGGUGGUUGUGUCCCAUGAGGACUACUUGGUGGAAGCCCAACUCACUCCCUUUCUCCUCAACGCAGUGGGUUGGCUUUGUUCUUCCCCUGGGGCUCCCAUUGGUGUCCACCCAUCCCUGGCACCCCUGGCCAAAAUCCUCGAGGGCUCUGGCUUGGAGGCGAAGAUUGAGCCAGAAGUGAAAGACUCCCUGGGGGUUUACUGUAUUGAUGCCUAUAACGAAACCAUGACUGAAAAGUUGGUCAAGUUUAUGAAACGUGGAGGGGGCUUGCUCAUUGGAGGGCAGGCCUGGGAUUGGGCCAACCAGGGUGAUGAUGAAAGAGUUCUGUUCACGUUCCCUGGCAACCUCGUGACCAGCGUGGCUGGCGUGUACUUCACCGACAACAAAGGGGACACAAGUUUCUUUAAAGUCUCUAAGAAGAUGCCCAAGAUCCCAGUCUUAGUUAGUUGUGAAGAUGAUCUCUCCGAGGAUAGAGAGGAGCUGCUGCACGGGAUUUCAGAGCUGGACAUCAGCAACUCGGAUUGUUUCCCAUCCCAGCUGCUAGUGCACGGGGCAUUAGCCUUUCCCCUGGGGUUAGAUUCCUACCAUGGCUGUGUUAUCGCGGCUGCCCGCUAUGGCCGGGGCCGCGUGGUCGUGACUGGCCACAAGGUAUUAUUCACCGUUGGUAAACUGGGCCCUUUUCUGCUCAAUGCCGUGCGUUGGUUGGACGGGGGCCGCCGAGGCAAGAUCGUGGUGCAAACAGAACUGAGGACACUGAGUGGUCUGCUCGCAGUGGGGGGCAUAGACGCCAGCAUCGAGCCCCACCUGACCAGUGAUGCGAGUGUCUAUUGCUUUGAGCCCGUGAGUGAUGUGGGAGUCAAAGAGCUGCAGGAGUUUGUAGCAGAGGGCGGGGGACUAUUCGUUGGAGCCCAAGCCUGGUGGUGGGCCUUCAAGAACCCCGGAGUGUCCCCCUUGGCUCGGUUCCCAGGAAACCUCCUCCUCAACCCCUUUGGCAUCAGCAUCACAAGCCAAAGCCUGAAUCCAGGGCCCUUUCGUACUCCUAAAGCAGGGAUUAGGACCUAUCACUUCCGCUCCACCCUGGCCGAGUUCCAGGUGAUCAUGGGCCGGAAGAGAGGGAAUGUGGAAAAGGGCUGGUUGGCCAAGCUGGGGCCGGAUGGCGCCGCUUUCCUGCAGAUCCCUGCGGAAGAGAUCCCUGCCUACAUGUCUGUGCACCGGCUCCUGCGGAAGCUGCUCAGUCGAUACCGGCUCCCAGUAGCAACCCGAGAGAACCCCGUUAUCAACGACUGCUGCAGGGGCGCCAUGCUCUCCCUGGCCACUGGUCUGGCCCACUCGGGAAGCGACCUCUCUCUAUUAGUCCCAGAAAUAGAAGAUAUGUACAGCAGCCCCUACCUGCGUCCCUCGGAAACUCCUAUCACCGUUGAAGUCAACUGCAACAAUCCAGGCACCAGAUAUUGCUGGAUGAGUACCGGGCUUUACAUACCUGGGAGGCAAAUUAUAGAGGUCUCACUGCCUGAAGCUGCUGCCUCUGCUGACCUGAAGGUACAGAUUGGCUGCCACACUGACGACCUGACCAGGGCCAGCAAGCUGUUCCGAGGCCCACUGGUGAUUAACCGGUGCUGCUUGGACAAGCCCACGAAAUCCAUCACCUGCCUCUGGGGUGGCCUGCUCUAUAUCAUCGUGCCCCAGAGCAGCAAACUGGGUUCUGUGCCCGUCACUGUUAAGGGGGCUGUGCAUGCUCCAUACUACAAGCUGGGGGAGACAUCCCAGGAAGAGUGGAAGAGGCGUAUCCAGGAGAACCCAGGUCCCUGGGGAGAGCUGGCUACGGACAACAUCAUCCUGACAGUGCCGACCGCAAAUCUUCGUACCCUGGAGAAUCCUGAGCCACUGCUUCGCCUCUGGGAUGAGGUGAUGCAGGCUGUGGCACGGCUAGGGGCCGAGCCCUUCCCUUUGCGCCUGCCUCAGAGGAUUGUUGCCGACGUGCAGAUCUCAGUUGGCUGGAUGCAUGCAGGGUACCCCAUCAUGUGCCAUCUGGAAUCUGUGCAAGAGCUCAUCAAUGAGAAACUCAUCAGAACCAAGGGGCUGUGGGGCCCUGUGCAUGAGCUUGGCCGCAACCAGCAGCGGCAGGAAUGGGAGUUCCCCCCGCACACCACCGAGGCCACCUGCAACCUGUGGUGUGUUUACGUGCAUGAAACGGUCUUGGGCAUUCCUCGAGGCCGUGCCAAUAUUGCUCUCUGGCCCCCAGUUCGGGAGAAGAGAGUCAGAAUCUACCUGGGCAAGGGCCCCAAUGUGAAAAACUGGAAUGCGUGGACUGCCCUGGAAACUUAUUUACAGCUCCAGGAGGCCUUUGGUUGGGAGCCAUUCAUCCGCCUCUUUACCGAGUAUCGGAACCAGACCAACUUGCCCACAGACAAUGUUGACAAAAUGAAUCUGUGGGUGAAGAUGUUCUCCCACCAAGUGCAGAAGAAUCUGGCUCCGUUCUUUGAGGCCUGGGCGUGGCCUAUCCAGAAGGAAGUGGCUACCAGCCUGGCCUAUCUGCCUGAAUGGAAGGAAAAUAUUAUGAAAUUGUACCUCCUCACACAGAUGUAAGGAGUGCCCAGCGAGGUGGCAGGCCCCACUGAAACUGAAGUCAAGAAAUACGAAAGAAAAUUGACACAUCUCAGCAAAGAAAAAUGGACGGAUCUGAAUAUAUGUGAAGAAGAUCUCAACACAUUUCUGGAAGAGAGAAAGUAGAUGAAGCGUGAUAAUGAAUGAAAGAGUGAAGGUACCCUUCAGACAGAACAACAUAACCCCAGAGAGACUUGGGCAUCUGAAAAGUCUAUCUACUAAAGAAUUAUACCAGUUGUAAAAUUGAACCCCAUCCCAUUCUACCCAAACCCUUGUGCGCAGAACACAGGCAGUCUGCAAUUGUUGCCAGUUAAAAAUCUGUUGUUGUUGUUGUUGUUGUUGUUUGUGUAAAGGAACUGAAUAAACUACCUGAGGA